AUGACACUUUCCGCUUACAUUCUUUGCCAAGAAAAUUCUCCCUUCAGCUACACCGGCUAUUCCGGAAUCAAAUCCGGCACUAUGUAUGCCUCCGUAAUUCCAGCCAGCUCCCCAAUUAAGGUACCGGGUAUCAAGCCAAAAACGGCACGAAAAGCGGAUAAGACCAUGUCUUGA